ACGACCGAGACUCCAACAUUACCCUCACAACGUUCUUUGGAAACAUAACCUUCACUUGGUUUGAAGUUCUCUGUUUUCGUAAUAAAAAAGGAGUAGCAGAUUCAAAAUGACAGUAGAUUUAGUAAACCGUGACCCCAACGACAUUAAUUGUCACAUCAAGGCAGAGUUUGAAGAUGUUCUUGGUGAACCCGAGGGAGUUCGGUCUAUGGAAUGCAUCUGGAAGUUGUCCUACAGAUGUUUCAGCCUCUGGAGGGAUUGCUGUUACAAGCUGGCUACACUGUUGUGCGGAAUUUGUAUGGCUGCAUGUCUCGGGUGCCAGUUUGCUGGUGUAGCUCUUGAGCAUAUCUGGUGUGUUACUCCAGGAAUGAGGAUGUGUGAGAUCAAUUGUAUUGUAUUCAGGAAGUGUUACAACAUGUGUAUCGACUGUUGCGCUGGUCCAAUCUGUGAGGCUGCUGGUCUCUGUUUGAGCAAGAUAAAAAUAACUAAAGCUUAGCCAAGUGAAAUAAACUAAGACACAAUAGCUGUGUAAUGUAUUCUAAAUAUAAUCAUGUUACAGUGUAAAAAUAUUUAUUAUAAUAUCCGGCAGGCAAUGUGUAUUUUAAGACUUGUGAAUGACUUCUUUGAAUGAACAAGAAAAUACAAACAAACAUUGCAAAUGAAUGAAAGAAUAAAAAUAAAUGAUCAAUUAUUAAA